CCUCUUGGGGGCAUAAUGUCCAAUUUGAUUUUGUACGGAACAGAAGCUAGUCCUCCGGUGCGGGCCGCCAAAUUGACCUUGGCCGCCCUUGGUAUUCCCUACGAAUAUGUCAAAAUAAAUACCCUGGCCAAGGAGACCCUUUCUCCUGAGUUUCUGCGCAAGAAUCCCCAGCACACGGUGCCCACACUGGAAGAGAUCUGGGACUCACACGCCAUCAGCGCCUAUCUGGUGUCCAAGUAUGGCCAGAGUGACGGUCUUUAUCCAAAGGAUCUCCUCCAGCGUGCUGUGGUGGAUCAGCGAUUGCACUUCGAGUCGGGAGUGGUCUUUGUUAACGGACUGAGAAGCAUCACCAAGCCACUCUUUGCGGGGACCGGGGUCCGGGGUCCGGGAGUCGGAGCAGGUUUAGUUUCAAAUCGACAGCCAAGGCGAGUGGACGGACACCUGAUAGCAAUUACCAUGGGAAAAUUAGUACUGUACGGUUUGGAGCCUAGUCCGCCGGUGCGGGCCUGCAAACUGACCCUUGACGCCCUGGGCCUUCAGUAUGAGUAUAAGCUCGUGAAUCUGCUGGCCGGCGAGCACAAGACAAAGGAUUUCACUGUGAAGAAUCCGCAGCACACGGUGCCCGUGCUGGAGGACGAUGGCAAGUUCAUCUGGGAGAGUCACGCCAUUUGCGCUUACCUGGUUAGGCGCUAUGCCAAGAAUGAUGCCCUGUAUCCCAAGGAUUACUUUAAACGCGCCCUUGUCGAUCAACGUCUGCACUUUGAGUCGGGUGUCUUGUUCCAGGGCUGCAUCCGGAACAUUGGCAUUCCGUUGUUCUACAAAAACGAGACGGAGGUGCCGCGCUCAAAGAUUGACGCCAUCUACGAGGCCUAUGACUUUCUGGAAGCGUUCAUCGGUAAUCAGCCUUAUCUCUGCGGUACGGGCAUAACCAUUGCCGACUACAGUAUAGUCUCGUCCGUCUCCAGCCUAGUGGGCUUGGCCGCUAUCGAUGCCAAGCGCUAUCCCAAGUUGAACGGCUGGCUAGACAGGAUGGCCGCACUGCCCAAUUACCAGUGGGUGAACGGCAACGGCGCACAGAUGUUGAUCGACAUGUUUAGCUCAAAGAUAACAAAGAUUGUGUAAUUGUGCACUCUAGCUAGCUUAUAGGUUACAAAUGAUGAGAUGUGUUCUGAUUACGUAACAAUAAAGCUUAUAUUUGUAUAAUCUUUA